AUGCGUGCCACAAUUUCCCACCAGGGAAGCGCAUCCCUGAGAUUGGUGGGCGGGCACUUCAACCGCGUUCGCCCGGGCACCUCAGUUCGGCCAUCCUUGUAUCGGUCAAAUAGCACGAGCACCAACACACCACCAGCUCAAGAACCCGUCAUCUUCUCCGGCAUUCAGCCCACUGGAGUGCCGCACUUGGGUAACUACCUGGGAGCUUUACGGGAAUGGGUGAAGCUACAGGAUGAAGCGAAGCCGGGAACGAAGCUGUUAUUUUCCAUCGUGGAUCUGCAUGCAUUGACGGUUCCGCAGGAUGCGGCGCAGUUGAGGAAAUGGAGGAGAGAGGCUUUUGCUACGCUGCUUGCUGUGGGGUUGGACCCGAGUCGGUCUACGGUUUUUUAUCAAUCUGAGGUUCCGGCUCAUGCGGAAUUGAUGUGGAUUCUGAGUACCGUUGCUUCGAUGGGUUAUCUAUCGCGAAUGACUCAAUGGAAGAGCAAACUCCAGCUUCCAGAGGAUACGACGUUAGAGCAAGCAGAUGCUCGGGCACAGCUGCGACUCGGCCUUUUCUCUUACCCAGUGCUUCAAGCCGCGGAUAUCCUUGUUCAUAGGGCAACGCAUGUCCCCGUUGGCGAGGAUCAGAGACAGCACUUGGAGUUCUCGAGAUAUACAGCCAAUAGCUUCAAUCACCUCUACGGGCCGAUCUUCCCCAUCCCAGAGGCGCAUAUCUCCCCCGCCAAGCGAGUAAUGUCCCUCAAAGAACCAACAUCCAAAAUGUCCAAAUCCCACGCAGACGAAAAAUCCCGAAUCAUCCUCACCGACUCACCCAGCGUCAUCCAAAAGAAGAUCAAAGUCGCCCUAACCGAUUCCCAACCCAACAUCACCUACGACCCAGCCCAACGACCCGGGGUGUCGAACCUAAUCGAGAUUCUGAGCCAUUUCGAAGGACAGUCAUGCCAAGAAAUUGCCGCGAGUUUCGACGGCGCAAGCCUACGCGCUUUGAAAGAGCACGUCGCUAGCCGAAUCACGCAUCAUCUGACGGAUAUUCGGGAGCGGUAUGUCUCUAUUAUGGACGACAAGACUGGGUAUCUGGACUCGAUUGCGCAACAGGGCGCGGCGGCGGCGCAGGCCAAUGCUAGCGUGACUAUGCGGAAGGUUCGAGAUGCGAUGGGGUUGUAA